UCAGGAAAGGACAACAGGAAGUGCGAGGAGGGAGAUGCUAAAGCGGCGGAACAAGAGAAUCAUACCGAAACGCACAGACCCAUGCCGACGAAGUAACUCGUCUGCCAGAUGCAGGAAAUCUUAGGCGCAUCCAUGACAGCUGUGUUCGGCGACCAUUUAACUCAUUAAGACGUUUGCUCUUGAUGCUGUUUGAAUGGUAGCACGCUAACUAGCUAGCUAGCGGACGCCGGGGCUAGCGCUCAGAAGCGGCUAAAGUGAAGCUAAGCUAACCGUGGAGAGAAUUUACCCGAGGAGACAACAGCGGUGGACGAGAGGACAGAGACACAGAGACACAGGACGACACCGACAUGAGUCAAACUGCUACGAGUGUCCAAUGCUGAGCACUCUACAGGCAUGAACUCCGUUUCUCCUAGCUCAGCACAGUACAUCGGGGGAGUGAUGCAGGAUGAGCUGGCGGAAAAUCGGAGGCAGUCCAUGGAGCGGCAGGGCAGCUUUGGUCUCAGACAGCCUCAAUCUCCAGAUCCAAGCGGAGAAGCAGCUGGAGAGCCUGACGAGAUGGACAAACUAAAAGCCAAACUCAUGUCGGCAUGGAACAGCGUGAAAUAUGGCUGGACUGUUAAGUCUAAAACAUCCUUCAACAAGAUGUCACCAGUCACUAUCCUGGGACACUCCUAUUUGCUUAACAGUGAGGAUGAGGUGGAGCGGUUUCGUUUGGCUUUUGUGUCCAGGAUCUGGCUCACGUACAGACGGGAGUUCCCUCAGCUGGAGGGCUCCACCUGGACCACAGACUGUGGCUGGGGCUGCAUGCUGCGCAGUGGCCAGAUGCUGCUGGCUCAGGGACUCCUGGUCCACUUGAUGGCAAGAGAUUGGGCUUGGCCUGACGCUCACCAGCUGACUGAUGUGGACUUUGAGGUGUUCAGACCACGUUCCCCAGCUCGGGCUGGUGGUGUCCCCAUUCCUUCUUUCGGUUUGCAACGAGGGUCUAGUACCCCUGAAAAGACCUUACCAAGUGAUCAGCUCCCCAAAUGCAGCCAGAAGAAGAGACCUGAAGGUUUCAGGGACAGUCGUGCGGAGGCCACCCACCACAGGUUGGUUAACUGGUUCGGGGAUCAUCCUCCAGCACCUUUUGGGGUUCACCAGCUGGUGGACAUUGGUAAAAGUUCUGGGAAAAAGGCUGGCGACUGGUAUGGCCCUUCGAUAGUUGCACACAUACUUCGAAAAGCAGUAUCCAAAACUUCUGUGAUCCACAACUUGGCUGUAUAUGUUGCUCAGGACUGUACAGUGUACAAAGAGGAUGUGGCUCGUCUGUGUGAUCUGUCACUAAGUCAGACUCCUCCUGAUCCGUCCAGUGAAGCCUGGAAAUCAGUUAUUAUACUGGUGCCAGUACGACUGGGAGGGGAGGCCCUCAACCCAACUUACAUCGAAUGUGUCAAGAACAUCCUGAAGCUGGAGUGUUGUAUUGGAAUUAUCGGAGGAAAGCCAAAGCAUUCUCUAUACUUCAUUGGCUUCCAAGAUGAACAUCUGCUGUAUCUGGACCCUCAUUACUGCCAACCUGUGGUGGAUGUAACACAAGUUAACUUCUCACUAGAGUCCUUCCACUGUAGCUCUCCUAAAAAGAUGCCUUUCAACCGCAUGGAUCCCAGCUGCACGAUUGGCUUUUACGCUAAGAACAAGAAGGACUUUGAGUCUUUGUGUUCUGCUGUAAAUAUGGCCUUGUCAUCAUCCAAGGAGAAGUACCCCGUGUUUACCUUUGUAGAGGGCCACUGUCAGGACUAUGGAUUUGAGGGUCAUAGCAGCAAUAACAGUGGAACCACAGCCCACAUCCUGCCCCCGGGCAAUCUAAGCCUGAGUAACAACAGAAGAAACAGUGAUGAGUUUGUCUUCCUGUAAGGCCCUGAGGAGGAUGCUCUCGCAGCUCUUACCUGUAGGUGGCAGGAAAGAGACAGAAAAUUCCAUUUCAAAGGGAAGGACUCCUGUUACUUUUGCAGCUGUGAGAUGGACAUGAUGCCUUUGUACUCCAUCAUCCUCACUGGUGGACAACAAAAUAAACAGUGGGGAGCCCGUUGCCCCGUCUGUAUAGAUGGGUAUUAUAAGCUAUUUGAGUUGGGUCCUGACUGGAGCAGACAUUUUCUGGGCAAUGAAAUAUUUCAAGCUCAUGAAGUAUUCUUAAUUCACUUGAUCUAACGUCUUGAAAAAAGCUUCAAAGUCGGGCAUGUGUGCAAACUCAAGUGCUUUACAGUACACGACUCAGUUCCUCUCAACUACUGUUUAGUCUCCUCAUCUGAACUGGGCAUAUAGGAGACACUGUGUGGUCUGUUCUACAUACAGUAAUAUUUAUUGAGCUCACUGGUCAGGUGUAGCACUGUCCAAUGUUCUUGACUCAUACCAGAUACCAACUGCUGUACAUCUCUUUAUUUCCCCUAUUUAUCAGGUUCCUGAGUGUGAUUGAGUGAGUAAGUUAGUGAGUGUGGGGUUCAUGUAGUUUAUUUGUCUUUAUUGAUUGUACUGAUGUAUUUAUGAGUCACACUGCAACCACCGAAGUUUCAGAUUCUUCCAAGAGCAUCUUGUACAACUGUUGUAUGUUGCAGACUGGCUGGUUGUCACACAGCUGACUGCGGUAAUUGAUCCCAAAUACAUUCAGCUUCUGCACUCCAGUAUUCAUCAAUGAGAUUUAUGGAACACUCUCAUAAGUCUGCAGUUGAAAUGCUCCUGUUGCUUAGUGGGAAUAAAUAGAAAUGGUAUUUUAAGUCAUCUUUAGUCAUUGAAUUGAAUCUCAUGAAUUUGGCUAUUUGUAAGGUAUAACCUAGGCAGUCUUUUGUUUAACUUGUGAAGUACUGGUUCUGGAUUUUACUUGGCAAAGUCAUUAAGUCCUGUCCAAGCCGAAUUUUACUGGAAUAUUUAGCUCCUGAUCUAAUUUAAUUAAUUUGUGUUUAAGUUCUCCCUUUUUUUUCUUCUUUUUUAAAACAAAACAAAACAUGAAAGCUAUUUCUGCAAGUUGCACUACUGCUGUUGGAUUGUUGUCCUGAUUAAACUUCAAACACACUGGAA